CAUUUUGCAAGAAAACCUUCAAGUGAAAAGUAAUUUAGAUUGAAAUUAACCAAAAAUAAUUAACUAGAACACAAGUGUAUCAAACAGAAUUAAAAUAAUCAAAAUGAAAGUGUUUAUUACUAUUUUAUUGAGUUGUGCGGCUAUAUUGAGCUGUGAAGGCCGCGGUAUACCACAAGAACAAUUGCAAAAACUGCAACGCCAAUUAAUAGAGACACGUAUUAUUGGCGGCUCUGAGGCUACAGAGGGUUUAUUGCCCUAUCAAGUUUCCAUACAAAAUACUUUUGGUGAACAUGUUUGUGGUGGCGCUAUUAUUGCCCCAGAAUGGAUUCUAACUGCUGCUCACUGUUCGGAAUGGCCUAAACAAUAUUUGAAAGUGGUUACCGGUACCGUUAAUUGGACUAAACCCGAUGCUGAAUAUUUGGUAGAAGAUAUGAAGGUACAUUGUUUGCACGAUAAGCCUAUGUAUCACAAUGAUAUUGCCUUGGUGCGCUUAAACAAACCUAUUGUCUAUAAUGAACUAACUCAACCCAUUAAACUGGCUACCAGCAAUACUCUGAAAGAAGGCGAUAAACUUACCCUCUCUGGUUGGGGCAGCAUUAAAGUAUGGGGCCGUACUCCUGAUAUUUUACAUACCGUACAAUUAAGUUUUAUGGAACAUGAUAAAUGUUCAAAGAAUGUUAAGAAAUCCGACUGGUUGGGUGAGGGUCAUAUUUGUACGGAUACCUCUUCGGGUCAGGGAUCAUGUCAUGGUGACUCUGGUGGCCCUUUAGUAGAUGAAAAUAAUGUCUUGGUUGGUGUUGUCAAUUGGGGUGAACCCUGUGCUGUGGGCAGACCCGAUGUCUUUGCCAGUGUGGCCUAUUAUCAUGAUUGGAUUCGUGGUAUAUUGGCUGGUGGUGAUGCUUGUUAGGAGGAGUAUUUUAUU